UUCCGGAGUCUCUUUUUGUCACCGGGUCUCAGCGGUGUGGAGGUGGCUAUGAGGCAGAAGCACUACCUUGAGGCUGCGGCGCGGAAACUACAAGAUAGCUGCCCGGGCCAGGCCCGCUAUCUCCUCUGGGCCUACAGUUCGUCACACGAUGAUAAAAGCACUUUUGAAGGAACAUGUCCAUACUGUUUCCAGUUGCUGGUUCAGGAUAAGUCUCGAGUACGUCUCAAACCCAAACCCAGACUGACACCCAAAAUACAGAAACUUCUUAAUCGAGAAGCAAGAAAUUAUACACUCAGUUUUAAAGAAGCAAAAAUUUUGAAAAAGUACAAAGACUCCAAAAGUGUAUUGUUGAUUACUUGUAAAACGUGCAACAGAACAGUUAAACAUCAUGGUAAAAGUAGAAGCUUUCUAUCAACAUUGAAGAGCAAUCCUACCACUCCUGCGAGUAAACUCGGCCUAAAGACCCCAGAGAGAAAGACUCUAAGUUCUGCAAAGCUAAAUCAUGAUAUGUCUGGUUCCAAAGCCAAGAGCCCAGCAUUGAUUUUCAGCUACAUCUGGACAGUCAACACCCAUUUGCUCCUCAAAGAAUGUGAGCAAAACAAAGAAACACUUCUCUCAACUAAAAAUGUUGCUUAGUCAGAGUGAAUCUGAAAAGAAUCCAAAGGUGGACUUCAGAAAUUUCUUAUCUUCUUUGUAAAGGAUCGACUAUGAAAAUAAGAAAUGUUUAAUGUAAUUUCUGAAACUAAAGUUAGAAAACCUGCUUUUUAAAGAACUUAUUCUUAAAAUACAUGAAAACUAGGAUUCAAGAGCAAACUUUUCUUGGCAUUCUUCAGUGUUUAUGGAGAAAAUACCUCGUUAGAAUGAAAAACUGAAACCUGCCUACCUCACCAGGUGAUUGUGAGGAUCAAAAUUAUAUGAAAGGUCCUUGUAAGUAGUAAAGAUAUACAUGGAAUUGAGUGGUUAUAUUAUUAUUUUCUCCUCCCUUAAGUUUUCAUUAUUUAUGUCAUUUUCUUUCAUAA